AUGUCACAUGACCAUCAGCCCCUCCCACCACAGAUCACUCAGACUGGUGGCAUGUGUUUAGGGGGCGUGGUGACCUCGGGGCUGGCCAUCUACGACACCAUGCAGUACAUCCUGAACCCCAUCUCCACCUGGUGUGUGGGGCAGGCGGCCAGUAUGGGCAGUCUGCUGCUGGCCGCGGGGACCCCCGGCAUGAGGCACUCUCUGCCCAACGCUCGCAUCAUGCUGCACCAGCCAUCAGGGGGCACUAGGGGCCAGGCCACAGACAUUGCCAUCCAGGCCGAGGAGAUCCUGAAGCUAAAGCGACAGCUCAACCACAUUUACGCCAAACACACGGGACAGCUCCUGGAGACCAUCGAGGGCGUGAUGGAGAGGGACCUCUACAUGAGCCCGAUGGAGGCGCAGGACUUUGGUAUCGUGGAUAAGGUCCUGGUGCACCCCCCUCAGGGGGGGCAGGACGAGCCGGAACUGGUCCAGAAGGAGCACCCCCAGACCACCCAGUCCCCAGAACCCCCCAGCACAGACCCCAGCCCGAGCGGUGCCAGCCCCCCCUCUUCCCACAAACCCGAGCCCUGA